GUCAGAGUCCACCUGCGCGCUUCCUGCUGCGUCACUUCACACACACUUCACGGGCCGUCAUCAGCAGCGUGGCUUCAUGCGUGGAGGUGUGAAGUGUUGGCAUCAGGCGCUUAAAGCUCCUGUAGAGAGUCAGAGCACCUGCCAGUUCCACACAGCAGAGCUCAGCUGCCGUAAUAAACCGCAUUCAGCCGGCGGCUGCACUGAUGCACUGAUCCCUCACAACAUUUAUCUUUGGCAGGCUCCAACCAUCAGCAGCAUUUGUACGUGUACCUAAGUUUAGACAUGUGCAACUACUCCUGAGUGGGAAAUAUAGAUAGAUGAGUUUUGGUGAAUUCCUAAAUCUUGGACUAUUCAUAGAUUAGCCACUCCCUGUCUUCAGUCACGCUGCUCUCCUCCCCCGUCUCCUCCGACUUUCCACUGCCACUCAGCACAUACUGUGGCUCCUUUUCAAGUGUCUCAAAGCACUGGACUAACACAUGAGCUGAAGGACUGGCAGAUUCAUGUAGAGCUAUUUGCCUGAUGUAGACGCUGAGCACCUCAUCAGCUCAUCUGACUCCCUCCUCUGAAACCUGUAUGGACUCACGUCCCGCCUCCUAUCAUUGACCAACUUGUGACACUAGCAGCUGUUGUAACGGAGGCACAGCAGGAGGUCGUACAAGUAGUAGCUCUGCAUCUCUAAUGGCUUUACUGCGGGUGUUAGCAUGUGAAUGAUCACCAGCUGCCAGUGAGCCAUGGACGAAGCAGGAGCCGCCAUCUUCAUCACUGUGCAGAAGGUCUACUACCCGUUCCUCUGCGUCGUGGGCAUUCCAGCCAACCUGUUCACCUUCUACAUGAUCUGCUUCCGUAGAUGUGGGAUGUCCAACACCGCCAUCAUCUACCUGAGCUGCCUGGCCAUCAUGGACACCUUCUACCUGCUGUGGGUGAUCCUCAUUGACCUGACGCUCACCUUCUGGCUGCUGCAGCCCUUCUGGCACUCUCACCCCUGGUGUGGCGUCCUGGGCUUCCUGCAGCACGGCUCGCUCUGCAGCUCCUCCUGGAUCGUGGUGGUUUUCACCAUCGAGCGCUUCCUUGUCCUGCGCAGCACUGUGGCCAAGCAGCAGCUGUCCCAGGCCUGGGUGACCAAACUCACCUGCCUGGCCAUUGUUCUGCUGUCACAUGUGGCCUCUGUGCCUCUGGCCUGGAUUAACACCGUCACGCCUGUUAACGUGACUGUGAAGGAGGAAACCCUGACCCUGCCCAGGUGUCAUUACCGUAAUGACACCUACGUUACAUUCAUAGUGUGGAUCAGCAGCUCCCUGUCGGGGGGCGUCCCCAUUGUGUUGGUCAUCAUCUUUAAUUAUCUCAUUGCUCACCAUCUGUGCCGCGCCACCAACCUGUUCACCAAGGAGGAGCUCCACGCUGUGCAGGGCCGGAGCUCGCUGAGGAGGACAAUCCUGCUGCUGGGCACCGUGUCGGUGACCUUCGUGGUGCUCAGCCUGCCCCGCUUUGUUACAUACUGCAUCCUGAGGACGCAGCAUAACAGCGAGAGCUUCAACCGCAACGACUAUAGCAUCCCCAUCAAUGUGGCUGGAGAUGUCGCCAACAUGCUGCACAACCUCAACUCCACCACCAACUUUCUGCUCUACUGCGUGGUGAGCUGCGGCUUCCGGCGGGAGCUGGUGCACCUGGUGACCUGCAGAGCAAAGGCACGGGGGCUGGGCUCUGCCAUCCACACUACCAUGAAGGUCUUCUCUGUGCUCCAUCACAGGACAUCCCUGAGCCCAGAACCCGGCCAUGUGGUGCUAAACAGUCUGACAAGAACCCAGUAGGAGGGGGUGGUUCGUCAGUUGACAUACAAUGCCUCCAGGGGAUGAACAACCCCUGACGGCGUCUGCAGAAGCAAACCUUCCCUGAUGAAGACAAGCAGAAACUGCCAAACAAUGUGGGAUAAUGGAAUUAGAUGUUUUUUUUAUCUCAUUGUCACAAGCUUAGUUAGGCUCUCAGGUGUACACUCAGGUGUAUUUUUUGUAGAAGCCGUGAUGUCACACUUAUGUUACACUGAGAGGAAAUAAACUGAUUAGUUUGAAACAUGUUGCUUUAUUGUUGUUCACUGCUUU